CUCUUUCUUUCUCACUGCCUUGCAGUUUCCUCUGUAACCUCUCAAUCUCUCUCUCUCCCUCUCUCUCUCUCUCUGGAACGCCAUUGGCAAAAGCUACAGCCAACAGACAUAUCGCGGAACAAUCUCUAGUAUUUCUCAAUAUAAGGUUACCAAAUAUGGCCUUCACCUCGGGGGCAGCUCAAUUUACUGGAGACCAUGCCUCAUGAACCAGAAUUUAGGUUGAACCAAAGGAGUGCAUAUUCUCUGCAGCAGAUAAAUGGACAUAGGGCAGUACUUUGAGGAGGCCAUGGCUCAAAAUGAUUCCUUUGGAGAAGAUAAGUCUUCCCUAGAGAAGUGGAAUGCAAUCCCAGAUUCUGAAAACAGCACCUCAGGUGGCUUUGACUGCAACAUCUGUCUAGAGACUGUGCAAGAACCAGUGGUUACCCUCUGCGGUCACCUCUACUGCUGGCCCUGCUUGUACAAAUGGCUUCAUUUCCAGAGCUCAUCUGCUGAAAAUGAAGACCAGCAACAGCAGCAGUGUCCCGUAUGCAAAGCUGAAAUUUCUCAAGCUUCCCUUGUCCCACUCUAUGGCAAGGGCCAAACCACAAAGCCUUCUAAAGGCAAGGCUCCCCAUCUUGGUAUGGUCAUUCCUCGAAGACCUCCUGGUCCUGCUUGUGGGGUUGACAACACAGCAAACGCAUACCAAACUCAGCAACUCUAUGGUGGCAAUUAUUCAUCAUAUCAAUCACGGCAAUACCACCCGAACCCAGGCAGUUAUGGUACCACCUCGUCAACUCUUACUCCCGGUAGUGCAACGACAAACAUGUUCGAUCCAACAAUCGGUGUAUUUGGAGAAAUGGUUUACGCAAGGGUGUUUGGAAACACCAUUACAAACUUAUAUACGUAUCCGAACUCGUACCACCUUGCAGGGAGCACUAGCCGAAGAGUCCGAAGGCACGUAAUGCAGGCGGAUAAGUCGCUCAGCAGAAUCUGUUUUUUCCUCUUCUGUUGUGCAAUUUUGUGUCUUCUUUCCUUCUGAACAUCUCUUUCUUUAUACCUGUAAAAAUUAUGAGUAUAAGCACAUUCAGCCGGAUCUAUGUACUACAUGUUAGAGAUGUCGUGCAUUCCCAGAGCUGGGAUUAUUAUAUAUGUAAUUACCAGUGCGUUAUAAUAUACUUCUGUGGAGCA